AUGGGCGACAGAAUUAUUAGUGCCUACCCUUGGUAUCGUCAAAAGGUCCCUCGUCUCCUCUGGCACGUUGCUAAUUUGCAAGGUGAGGCGAAGCAGAAGGGCCGUGGGGAGGACUCAGAUUCUUCCGAAGAAGCCGAUGGGGUUGCAGCCAUGAAAAAGAGUGCGACCAAUACAAGGGUGCCCGCAUCGGAUCAGCAAAAUCGCCCCAUGGACGUAGACGACGAAUAUGAAGAAGAAGAGCAGAAGAGUCCUUUUCGGACGAAGAUGAAGGGGACGCCGGCAGUGACGAUACUCAGAAUUUGA